AUUAGUAUUAGUAGUCAAAAUUCUUGGCUUAAUCUCGGGUUCUAUUGUAUUUAAUGGCCUUCUCUUACCCAAUAUUAUCUUUUUGUAGUUUUAGAUAGAUAAGAAAUGGCAGCUACAGUUUCAGAGGCGAAAGAACUGGUUUCUAGGCUUUGCCAGCAGUUUUAUUCUCAAGGAUGGGUUUCCGGGACUGGCGGCGGGAUCAGUAUUCGCGUCCCUAGCAAGCACUGCUUUGUUGUUGCACCGUCUGGCGUCCAGAAAGAGAGACUUUCCUCAGAAGAUAUGUAUGUAAUUUCCGAUGUGGAUGGCUCCGUUAUAGAAGCUCCCGUGCAGAAACCUUGGCCUGCGCGAGCUGUUAAGUGUAGCGAAUGUUUGCCCCUUCUUACUUCAGCUUUUGAGCUAAGAAAUGCUAACGCGGUGUUGCAUUCUCACUCAAUUGAGUCUGUGAUGGUAACUUUAUUAGAAGCUGAUUCUACCGAAUUUCGCUGCACAAAUUUAGAGAUGAUUAAAGGUAUUAAGGGACACGGCUAUGCUGACAUGCUGGUUGUCCCCAUUAUUGAGAAUACACCCCGCGAGCAUGAACUUGUCCAUGCUUUGAGGAAAGCUAUAUUGAAGUAUCCGCGCUCAAAUGCUGUACUCGUGCGUCGUCACGGGGUUUAUAUUUGGGGCGAUGAUUGGAUUUCUGCUAAAACGCAAGCGGAGUGCUAUCACUAUCUUUUCCAAGCUUACGUAGAAGCCAGGAAGUUUAAUAUCGACGUGUCCAAGCCGCUCAGUGGAACUUCCAGCGCGGGGGGUAUCAAACGGAAAAAGUCCGAAAAGCUAAAUGGUGGGCUGGCGCAUGCCAUAAGUAGUCAGCUGACCUCCACGCCUGAUCCACCCUGCGCAGGUCCCGUAGAGGCGAUUGUGCUGGACAUAGAAGGCACCUCUCAGUUUUUUUAUUUUAGAACUUUGAAAUUUUUUACUUUGGGAAAUUAA